AUGGCUUCUUCUUUCAAAUGUUUCUUCCUUAUGUUCUUUUGUUUGUUCGCUCUUUUGAAUUCGGUGCUCGAGGGCGAAAGUAGCUCUAGGAGAAUUAUUGGUGUCGUGGGUCCAUGUGCACAAAUUAAAGAUUGCAACAAGAGAUGCAUAGAAUCUCAAUUUACCAUGAGAGGACUUUGCAUGAAACUCAGUCUUGAAUCUACUAAGCUCACAUGCCUGUGCAAAGCUUGAUUCACUUGUGAUC